AUGUUGCCAUCUCUACCCGCCGCAUCGAAAUUCAUAAUAGCCGUCUUCCUUAUGGGAACCUGGCAUGGCAACGUGAGCUCUACAUCAUCAGUGGAGGGUGGGGUGACAGAAGCUACCCUUUCACCCGUGUCAGCACCAGCACGAAACGAGUCAAUCGCAUCGGAGGGGUGGACAACGUUGAUUCUUGAUGGUGGUACCAAAAGGCAGACAGUCAUGGUCAGGAACGACGCCGACGAAACAGAGGUUGUCGCUUCGAUUGCUGAAGGCGGUCGAGAAGCCGGCAUGACUGAGCCGCAGAUAACCGAGGUUACUGCCAAGUGGAAGCUCGUCGAGGAAUUCGUUUUUUCGCGAGUACUGUAG